UAACUUUUGCCAUCACUAAAAGUCAGCAACGUAAACAGCAGCGCAUACUUAAGGCGUGCAAUUUCAUAAUUUUGAAAUUAGUUUGCUAACGAAAAUACGAGAACAUGUCGAUAAAGCUAAAAGCCAACGUCAAUAACCCGCCCAUAAGUGGCUUGGCAACAGCGCAUCUGAUUAACUCAACCGUGCCGGUUGAAAUCAUCUGGGGCAAGGAGACCUCGCUGCAGUUCCCAGACAACCGAGUGCUUGUCUGCCACUCUAACAACGAUGUAUUGCGCGCGCUGGCACGUGCUGCACCUGAGCUCAAGCUGUAUGGUGAAACUGCCAUUGAGCGUACACAGAUUGAUCAUUGGUUAUCGUUCUCGCUAACUUGUGAGGAUGACAUCUCCUGGGCCAUGUCCUUCCUAGACAAGUCCAUUGCACCAGUGACCUAUUUGGUAGCCAACAAGCUGACCAUUGCUGACUUUGCUCUGUUCAACGAAAUGCACUCGCGGUAUGAGUUCCUAGCAACUAAAGGAAUUCCUCAACAUGUGCAGCGCUGGUACGAUCUGAUAAAUGCCCAGCCGCUGAUACAAAAGGUGCUGCAGUCACUGCCGGCAGAGGCGCGCGUCAAACGUAGCGUCGCCGAGUCCGCACCAGCCAAGAGCGGCGAGCGCAAGCAGGAGGGCAAGUUCGUGGAGCUGCCAGGUGCUGAAAUGGGCAAAGUGGUUGUGCGCUUUCCACCAGAAGCUUCUGGCUAUCUCCAUAUUGGACACGCCAAGGCAGCGCUGCUGAACCAAUACUAUGCGCUGGCCUUCCAAGGCACGCUCAUCAUGCGAUUCGACGACACCAAUCCUGCGAAAGAAACUGUAGAAUUUGAGAAUGUUAUUCUGGGCGACUUGGAGAUGCUGCAAAUCAAGCCAGAUAUAUUUACACAUACCUCCAACUAUUUCGAUCUCAUGCUGGACUACUGUGUGCAAAUGCUGAAAGAGGGCAAAGCCUACGUGGACGAUACGCCACCAGAGCAGAUGAAACUGGAACGCGAACAGCGCGUCGAAUCUGCCAAUCGCUCUAACUCUGCGGAUAAAAAUCUGGCAUUGUGGCAGCAGAUGGUGCAGGGCACAGAAGCUGGCCAAAAGUGUUGUGUGCGCGCCAAAAUCGACAUGUCGUCACCCAAUGGCUGCAUGCGUGAUCCGACCAUCUACCGCUGCAAGAACGAACCACAUCCACGCACAGGCACCAAAUACAAGGUGUAUCCUACCUAUGACUUUGCCUGCCCAAUUGUCGAUGCCAUUGAGAAUGUUACGCACACACUGCGCACAAUGGAAUAUCACGAUCGUGACGAUCAGUUCUACUGGUUUAUAGAUGCAUUGAAGCUCCGCAAGCCUUACAUCUGGGAAUACAGUCGCCUCAACAUGACCAAUACGGUACUGUCCAAGCGAAAGCUUACCUGGUUUGUUGACUCUGGCCUGGUGGACGGCUGGGAUGAUCCACGCUUUCCAACAGUGCGUGGCAUUAUUCGACGUGGUAUGACUGUCGAGGGAUUGAAAGAGUUCAUCAUUGCUCAGGGCAGCAGCAAGUCUGUGGUGUUCAUGAAUUGGGAUAAGAUCUGGGCCUUUAAUAAGAAGGUGAUUGACCCAAUUGCACCAAGAUAUACGGCAUUGGAGCACGACAAGCGCAUUAUUGUCAACGUGGCCGGCGCCAAGCUUGAAAAGAUACAAGUGCCUGUGCAUCCCAAGGACGAGAAGCUGGGCACCAAGACCGUUACCAUAGGUCCUCGCAUUUAUAUUGACUAUGCUGACGCUGAGGCUCUAAAGGAAGGCGAGAAUGCCACAUUCAUCAACUGGGGCAAUCUGCUUAUAAAGAAGGUGGUCAAGAAUGCCAGCGGAGUAAUUACAUCUGUGGAUGCUGCGCUUAAUUUAGACAAUAAGGACUUUAAGAAGACGCUCAAGCUGACCUGGUUGGCUGUGGAGGAUGAUGCCAGUGCUUAUCCGCCCACCUAUUGCGUCUACUUUGACAACAUCAUUAGCAAAGCUGUGCUCGGCAAGGACGAAGACUUCAAGCAGUACAUUGGUCACAAGACACGCGAUGAAGUACAAAUGCUGGGCGAUCCUGAACUCAAGAAAUGUAAAAAGGGCGACAUCAUACAGCUGCAGCGUCGUGGUUUCUUCAAAGUGGACAACGCUUAUGCGCCGCCCAGUCCCUACUCGAAUGUCGCCUCGCCAAUCAUUCUGUUCUCCAUACCUGAUGGUCAUACCAAGGAUAUGCCGUCAUCGGGCCUAAAGAUGAAUGCAGGUGCAGCCGGAGCACCAGCGACUGCCAAUAAUAAAACUGACUCAAAGGCUGCAGAUUUGGAUAAACUGAUAGUACAACAGGGCGAUCUAGUGCGUGAGCUUAAAGGCAAAAAGGCAGCCAAAGAGCAAAUUGACGUUGCAGUAAAGAAGCUGCUCAGUCUUAAGGCAGACUAUAAGGCAGCAAGUGGAAGUGACUGGAAACCAAAUCAAGCACCAGCAGCUGCACCGGCUACUCCUACAGCAGCAGGUUCUUCAAACGCUGCCACUGUAAACGCGGACAUAGUCAAGCAAGGCGACUUGGUGCGUGAUCUGAAGGCCAAGAAGGCAGCCAAGCCAGAAAUUGACGCUGCCGUCAAGCGUUUGCUGGAACUGAAGGCUCAGUAUAAAACAGUCACUGGACAGGACUGGAAGCCAGGUACUGUUGCAGCAGCUGCAGUACCAGCUCCACAAGCAGCAACCAAAAGCUCCACAGCGUCUACAGCCGUUGCUGAUAAGCUGGCAGAGAUUGCCGCUCAGGGCGAUAAGGUGCGUGAACUAAAGACAGCCAAGGCAGAUAAAGCAACUGUUGAAGCUGCUGUUAAGCAACUGCUUAGCUUGAAAGCUGAUUACAAGCAGCUGACUGGACAGGACUGGAAACCAGGCACUGUUGCGCCAGUUGUGGUUAAGCAAGAGAAGUCACCGGAACCCGCUGCCGCCAGCGCUGUAGCCACAUUGUUGGGCAAGAUUACACAGCAGGGCGAUAAGAUACGCCAGCUUAAAACUGCCAAGUCGGAAAAGUCACUGGUAGAGGCCGAGGUAAAGCUACUCUUGGCGCUUAAGACGGACUACAAGAGUCUCACGGGUCAGGAGUGGAAACCAGGCACCGUUGCUCCCGCUGCGUCUGCACCUGUAGCUACCAUAGAUCUGACUGCUAGCGAUACUAGUGCUGUUGGUGAUAUUUUGAACAAAAUUCAAGCUCAAGGCGAUAAGAUACGCCUACUGAAGUCUGCAAAGGCAGCCAAGGCAAGCAUUGACCCUGAAGUGCAAACGUUGUUGGCGUUAAAGGCCGAGUACAAGCAGGCAAGUGGCAAGGAUUGGACACCAGACGCUAAAGUGGAAGUGAAAACAGAGAUGUCGUCGCCAAGCAAGGAACAACUCACCCAGGAGGUCAACGCGCAGGGUGAAAAGGUGCGUGCGGCCAAGACAAGUGGUGCAGCCAAAGAUAUAGUUGAUGAGGAAGUGCGCAAGCUGUUAGCGCUCAAGGCCAAGUACAAGGAUGUGACUGGCACAGAUUUUCCUGUAGCUGGACGUAGCGGCGGCGGUGGUGCUGUCAAGAAACCUGCCAAGGAGGCACAACCAAAGCCUGCUAAGCCCGUCAAGAAGGAGGUUGAUGCAAACUCGGCUGUUAAAAAGCAAACCCGUUUGGGUCUGGAGGCCACCAAGGAAGAAAAUCUUCCCGACUGGUACUCGCAAGUUAUAACUAAGGGCGAGCUUAUCGAAUACUAUGAUGUCUCUGGCUGCUAUAUUCUACGUCCUUGGUCCUUUGCCGUAUGGAAGAGCAUCAAGAACUGGUUCGAUGCGAAAAUUACGGACAUGGGCGUACGUGAGUGCUACUUCCCCAUCUUUGUCUCAAAGGCCGCCUUGGAGCGUGAGAAGACGCAUAUUGCGGACUUUGCGCCAGAGGUGGCGUGGGUAACCAAGUCCGGUGAAUCGGAUCUGGCUGAGCCCAUUGCUGUGCGUCCUACCUCUGAAACGGUUAUGUAUCCUGCCUACGCCAAGUGGAUACAGUCCUACAGAGACUUACCCAUACGCCUCAAUCAGUGGAACAAUGUUGUCCGUUGGGAAUUCAAGCAUCCGCAACCGUUCCUGCGCACGCGCGAGUUCCUCUGGCAGGAGGGCCAUACAGCGUUUGCCAGCAAGGCUGAGGCCGACAAAGAGGUGCUGGAAAUUCUCGAUUUGUAUGCGCGCAUCUACACGGAUCUGCUGGCCAUACCCGUGGUGAAGGGCCGCAAGACCGAGAAGGAAAAGUUUGCCGGUGGCGACUACACCACCACCGUGGAGGCUUUCAUCUCUGCCUCGGGUCGCGCUAUACAGGGAGCCACCAGUCAUCACUUGGGCCAAAACUUUAGCAAAAUGUUUGAGAUUGUCUACGAAGACCCAGAGACGCAGCAAAAGCAGUAUGUCUAUCAGAACUCCUGGGGCAUUACCACGCGCACCAUCGGCGUCAUGAUUAUGGUGCAUGCUGACAAUCAAGGCUUAGUACUGCCACCGCAUGUGGCCUGCAAUCAGGCUAUUAUUGUGCCCUGCGGCAUCACUGUGAACACCAAGGAUGAUGAGCGUGUCAAGCUGCUCGAUGCCUGCAAGCAGCUAGAGCGACGCUUAUCUGGCGCGGGCGUCCGUUGCGAAGGCGACUACCGCGACAACUACUCGCCUGGCUGGAAGUUCAAUCACUGGGAGCUCAAGGGUGUGCCCAUACGCAUUGAGCUGGGUCCCAAGGAUCUGCAGGCGCAACAGAUUGUUGCUGUGCGACGUGACACUGGCGAGAAGUCAACAAUUGCACUUGCCGAUGUGGAGAAGAAAAUCCCAGCGCUGCUCGAGACCAUACACGAAAGCAUGCUGGCCAAGGCGCAACAGGAUCUCAGCUCACACACCAAACUGGCCAAGACAUGGACCGACUUCUGCAGCCUGCUCGAGCAGAAGAACAUGCUGCUCUCGCCGUUCUGCGGCGACGAGGCUUGCGAGGAUAAGAUCAAGGCAGAUAGCUCUCGCGGCGAAGAAGCCGAGCCAGGUGCACCAGCCAUGGGCGCCAAGUCGCUGUGCAUACCCUUCGAGCAACCAGCGCCGAUUGCCAGCAACGACAAGUGCAUCAAUCCUGCCUGCACCAACAAGCCCAAGUUUUACACGCUGUUUGGACGCAGUUACUAAGAGAUUCAAUUCAAAUAUUUUUACAACACGCUGAUCAAUGACCCAACAUAAUUUUUGUAUUCAUCUCUAUUUAAACGUUACAAAUUUUAUUCAAUGAAAUCAAGUGAAUUCAAACUCCAUGCGGACUUUUGUUAAUAACCAAAAAAAAUAUAUUAAAAGCAUAAAUCCUUAA